AUUCCUCACUCGUCCUUACAAGAACACACACAGCACUGCCGCCUGACCAACAGCCCCUCUUUCCCUUGUGCAACAGUUGUCAAAGCUUGAAACAAUGGUCGGCCAGCAGAACGGCCACGCCAGCGGCUUUGUUACCCCUGCGAUGACAGCGGUCUUUCCGGAGGCCCACACACGUCUGGCUGUCGCGGACCCUGAGGUCUUCGCGCUGAUCGAGGAUGAGAAGGCGCGACAGUGGAAGGGUAUCGAGCUGAUUGCUUCUGAGAACUUCACGUCGCUCCCAGUCAUGGAGGCGCUGGGCUCCUGCCUGACCAACAAGUACUCAGAGGGCCAGCCCGGCGCUCGUUACUACGGUGGUAACGAGAACAUCGAUAAGAUUGAGCUGCUGUGCAAGAAGCGCGCGCUGGAGGCCUUUCACGUCAGCCCGGAGGAGUGGGGUGUCAACGUGCAGCCUUACUCGGGCAGCCCCGCCAACUUCGCCGUGUAUACGGCGCUGCUGAACCCGCACGACCGCAUCAUGGGCCUGGACCUGCCCUCCGGCGGCCACCUGACCCACGGCUACUACACCCAGGGCAAGAAGAUCAGCGCCACCUCGAUCUUCUUCGAGUCGCUGCCCUACAAGCUGAACCCCCAGACCGGCCUUGUGGACAUGGACAAGCUGGAGGAGAAGGCGAUGGAGUACCGGCCGAAGAUGAUCAUCUGCGGCGCCUCCGCCUACCCCCGCGACUGGGACUAUGCGCGCUUCCGCGAGAUUGCGGACAAGGUCGGCGCGCUGCUGAUGGUGGACAUGGCACACAUCAGUGGCCUGGUCGCCGCGGGCACGCUGACGACUCCCUUCAAGUACGCGGACAUCGUGACCACCACCACCCACAAGUCCCUGCGCGGCCCCCGCGCCGGCAUGAUCUUCUUCCGCCGGGGUGUCAAGCCCGUUGACCGCCUGCUCAAGGGCGAGACGGAGGGCGCCGCGUACGACUUCGAGGACAAGAUCAACUUCGCGGUGUUCCCCUCGCUGCAGGGCGGCCCGCACAACCACCAGAUCGGCGCGCUGGCGGUGGCGCUCAAGUACGUGGCCACGCCCGAGUUCAGGCAGUACUCGGAGCAGGUUGUGCACAACUGCCGCUCGCUGGCGGACGCGCUGAUGAAGAAGGGCUACAAGCUGGUGACGGACGGCACCGACAACCACCUCAUCCUGUGGGACCUGCGCCCCGAGGGCGUGACUGGCAGCAAGAUGGAGAAGGCGUGCGACCUGUGCCACAUCACGCUAAACAAGAACGCGGUGGUGGGCGACCUGUCCGCCAUGAACCCCGGCGGCGUGCGCAUUGGCACGCCCGCCAUGACCUCUCGCGGCCUGACGGAGGGCGACUGGACAGAGGUGGCGGAGUUCCUGCACGAGGUGCUGGAGGUGUGCAAGCAGGUGCAGGGCACCACUGGCAAGGCGCUCAAGGAUUUCAUCAAGGGGCUAGAGGGCAACCCCGCGAUCGCCGACAUCCGCUCGCGUGUUGAGGCCUGGGCGAGCCGCUUCCCCAUGCCGGGCUUCACCGUGCCUGCCGCCGAGGCCAAGUAAGCGGCCAUAGCUGCUGGGAGGAGUUGUUACGGACAGUUGUUUGUGGCUUGAGCGGGCGAAUCGGGUGGGGAGUGCAGUAUGAGCGCGGACGGGGGCCUGCGCAGCUGCAACGUCGGCGGAGCGAAUCUGGGGUGUAUAUGCCGGGCAGCCGGCACCGCCGGCAAGGCAACGGAUAGGUGUUGGUCUGGUUCAAUGCGGCAGCUGUCGGGUGGUUUGCGUGUACUGAAGCCACACGCCAGCGUCUAGGGCGUGUUGAUUUGGCAGUCCAGUGGUGUGGCGAGGUGCGGGCACGCAAGGAGAUGCGCAUGGGCGGGUGUGGCACCAGGGGGCCAAAGAGUUGGCGCGGGCAGGCGGCGGCCGUGUACCAUAGAACUAGGUGACGUAGGUCGGGGGGCGGUGCGGCGAGUGUGCAGAGGGACGUGCAGGUAGUAUGGAGGCCAGGCUUGUGGUUGGCAGGGCGAGGCAGCGGUCGGCUGAAGCCAGUGCAGUGAUUGCAUUUUUGGGUGUGACUUGGAGUUGCGGGCAGUGGGAUACAUUUAUCGUUAGACCCUUGUGACGGGACAACAACAAGAAUUCUUUGCUGUCCGACGCCUACUGUGCUGGUCUGUUGCGCCACGCGCGUAGAUGAAGGAGGACAUGAACUGCAGUGCUGACGGAGCGGGCACAGUGUGGCGUGGUGAAGUGCAGUCCGCGUCAUGGGCGCGUGAAGCCUCUGGUCUGUUGCGCCACGGGGUAACACGCUCACAUGUUCUCCUCUUUGCGACUCCUCCAUACAUCCGCCCACACGCAUGUACUCUGUUCUGCAAGCAAUUGCGGUGCUUUCUGGGUUGCCACUGGCCAGCAAGUCGCAAACAAGUCCAGGGCUAAUAUCUUCCGGUAAGUGACAAGAAACGGGCCCCAAUAACGAGAA